AUGGUGCUUCCAUUGCUCUGUCAGAUCAUGAAGACCAUUUUUGGGGGUCUCCUGAUCACAAUCCGAUGCCAGACACGGCCACCAAUAGAUCUGGGGUUCAAUUUUGAUGCUAACAAACAGCAAAGGCAACUGAUAGCAGAACUGGAAAACAAGAACAGAGAAAUACUUCAAGAAAUCCAACGCCUCAGACUGGAACAUGAACAGGCUUCCCAGCCAACACCCGAAAAAGCCCAGCAGAAUCCAACUUUACUGGCUGAAUUAAGGCUAUUGCGGCAAAGGAAAGAUGAAUUGGAACAACGAAUGUCUGCUCUUCAGGAAAGUCGAAGGGAACUGAUGGUACAACUGGAAGGGCUCAUGAAGCUGCUAAAGGAAGAAGAACAAAAACAGGCAGCUCAGGCAGCUGGUUCUCCACAUAUUUCCCCCACCCAUGGGACUGGCCGCUCUAUGCCAAUGCCAGUCAGGUCCACAUCUGCCGGUUCUACCCCAACUCAUGUACCCCAAGAUUCACUUACUGGUGUUGGAGGAGACGUCCAGGAAGCAUUUGCACAAGGAACUCGGCGGAAUCUCCGUAACGAUUUGCUGGUAGCAGCUGAUUCAAUUACCAAUACAAUGUCAUAUUUGGUGAAGGAGCUUCAUUCAGGGGGAGAGGAAGGAGGUGAGGAGGAGGAAGAGGAGGACAAGAUGCAGAAUGGGAAGGACCGAGGUAAAAGCAAAGCUGUCAUGACUCCUUUAAACAAGUAUACAGCAAGUUUUGAAAUGUGCUAA